AUGUCUACAGGAAUUUUUGCAUUUGUGAAUUUCCCUCGGCGAAACAGGAACAUUUAUAAUCAUCAUUAUCAUCGGUAUAGCGCUGUGGAAUUCUCUAAUCCCCGAAUGUACCUAAUGCCGAACGAGAAUAUCGGUGUUAGCAAAGAGAAUGGAUUCGGAUAUCGAACAACGCCCACGUGA